AUGCCUCGGCCCACGCUGCCUGCCGACUCGCACACGGCAAAGAGACUCGAACACGCCACGGCACAACACCUCCACGAAACGACUCGCCGCGUCUUCAUAGGCCCCGUGCCCGAGGGCUGGCUCCACAGCCACCGCAAGCAAUGGUACAGACAAUACGUCGGCAACAGUGCGGAGAGACAGCCCACCUUCACAGCAGCUCAUCCCGUGUCGAACGUUGGCCACGACACAGAAGCACAGCCCACGAACGAAGGCAGCGGCAGCCUCGAACCAGCCGAAGAUGCUCUACCAACGUCGCCGACUCUGUCCGCAGGAGGAGCUGCACUGCGCGAGCCGGAGCCUGCCACUAGCAUAACCAGUCUCCUGCACAGCCGACGUGGCAGCCAACGUGUCAGCUCUGUGAGCGAAGCACCACGCCCGCAGCCCACCGAUGGUCCCAAUGAUGAGCAACCCACCGAUUCUGCCCCGCCUCUGCAGCCCAUCCUCAACACAAGCAGCAGAGCUUCCCGCGUAGCACGUGUGGCUAGCAAGCUACCAGUGCCCAAGGUACGCUUCACAGAAGCUAGCAGACUUCAGUUGAGAGCUCGAGCCCAACGUCUAGCAGCAAAGGGCAAUUUCCGGAGCUCCAAGGUCAAGAAUGGAGAGAUGAUGAAAGUGGACAAGAUGCUGAUCCGCAUCGACAUUACCCAGCAAUCGUUGCGCGAGGACUAUGACGAAAAGAUCAGUCAGGGGGUGGAGACCAAGAGUCUGGACAAAUGGCGCGAGUUCAUGGUAGUCUGCAGGAGACACACUGAAGACGAUGCGGAAGCCGUGCUGCAGUUCUAUCAGACAAGGGUGAUUGCUGUGAAGGAAGGUCAAAGCGUGAAGAAGAAGCCCAAGAGGCAGAUACUGCUGAGCAGCAAAACGUCCAAGGUGAAUCUAUACUCGGCCUUGGACAAGACAUUAUGUGUCUGGAUGACGAAUGGCAUGCGGACGACAAUAUAUUACCUCCGAGCACAAUCAACGGCUGCCGCGGUCGAAUGGUACACUUUCCUGCGAGGGCUGCUGGGACAUAAGCGAGCUCAGACUCUGCAGAUCAAUGUUCCAGAUCUGAGUGUCAGCCUUCGCCUGGAUGAUCCGUUUAGGACAUUGGAGGAGUCUCAGACGCUUGUUGACGCCGCUGAGGGCGACGAAGAAGCAUUAGCCAAAGCUGUGCAGGAAGAGAAAGGCGCGGCCGAUGCAAUUGUCUCACGUUGUCUCGAAAUGCUGAAGCAGUCACCAGCAUGGGACGAUGUGCUCAAGUCGUGGGCGCAGACCGAUCGAAUAGGCUUGGCGUGGAAGCGCUACGACCGACUUGAGUGGGUAUUCGGGGCUGUUGAGCAACGUAUGUACGGCACCAUCGGCAUGCAGAAGACUCACGAUUUGGAACUGCGACCGAAGGAUCACUACCCGCUCUCUAUGCGACAGCGCGAUGGCGAGGUCCUGCAAGAGCCCACUCCAGUCGAAGGCUACCUGAUAAGACUCACUUCGCAAAAAGGCAAGGAGAUCAAGCUCAAGCGGAUGAUGUACAAGCGAUUGUACUUUACGACACAAAGUCAGUAUCUCGUCUUCGUCCAGCCAGCGAAGUCAACACCACCGCCCUACAAGGCUCCAUCUCGGGAGGACAACAGGACAGUCCCGUCGGCGAAGGAAAUACUGGACGAGAUGCCGCUAGUCUACGAAGUCGAUCCAUAUCCGCUCGAAGGUGAUCAUGUUGCUUGGCUGGGCACCGAAGGCCUUGACGGCGCCGAAGAGCUCGAGGCAAGGGACAAAGGAGCCGCAGCUGAGGCAGAACGCAAUGUGAACAUGAUGCUGGCCUCAGAUGGGUUUGUCAAUCUGUGCAAUGUCAAGCACGUGCGCGAUUUCCACAGAAGCGCGACGCCAGUGGAUGAGCACUUGGAAGACGGAUCCGACGUUGACUUUCAUGAAGAGGGCAACAGCAAUCGCACCGAGGAUGGUAAUACUCAGGAAGUCGAUGAGGACCGCGUGCUUGAGCUUGUCCUUAACAAUGGCCUGGUCAUUCGUCUACAGGCUUACAAUAAAGCCACCAGGAACGAGUGGAGGAGUCGCCUCAAAUUACUGGUCGCCUACUGGACCGAGCGGAAAAGGGCAGACAUGGCACUCUACAAGACGACACGUGAACAGAACCUACAGCAGCUCGGCAUUGACGAACGUGCAGAAGCAGUAGUCGGCCAAUUUGCGUACAAAUGGGAGGUCAAUCAGUCGUAUGCUUCGCCGAAACUGUACAACAUGUGCGGCAUAUCGGAGUGUCGCACGAUACACCACUCUGGAGUACUGUUCCGCAAACCAAGGAAGCACACCACAUUUAAUCGAUGUCACGUUGUGCUAUCGCAUGGUCACCUACUCAUUUACCAAGACACACUCAGGAAACGGUCAGGCAAAAAGUUGGUACACAUCCAUCACGAGCGUAUUGCAUCGAUCUCGCUCGAAGGCUGCUACCUCUACUCCGGAUUACUCACCGAAGGCGACCUCCUUUACCAAAACCAGACUUUUGACUCAAACGCGCCCGGACAUCAUGCACUGCCGCGGAUCUACCUCGAAGAUAGCUGGACCAGCACCGACGAGGACGCCAUGACUACUUUCGUAAUCUGGCAUGCUAAGAGCAAGUCCUGGUUCAAAAGCUCGCAAAAUGUCGACGAUGUCAGGGUGGCUGAGCGCAGUAGUCUCGAGAGCGACUCCAAGCGCGAAAAAGGCAAGACCAAGCUGACCCGUGUCAGCCAGCUUGGUGCAACAGGUCGCAGCGUCGUCUUCAAGGCGCGAAGCCGUGCUGAACGAGACCAUUGGGUCCUUGCUAUCCAGGUUGAGAUUGAACGGCUGGCGGCACAGAACGAAGAGGUGCGAAUUGUUGACGAUGAGAAGGAGAACUAG